AUGGCCGAUACCACACCCAAGCCCACCGAGACUGACACCAAGCCCCAGGUCGAUGCGGCGAAGGAGGAGCCCGCGAAGGAGGAAGCCCCUCCGACUCUGACCGAGCAAGCUACAAGCGCUGCCUCCGCAGCUGCUACGACCGCCACAGCCGCCGCCUCGAACGUCGCCGAUAAUGUUUUCUCAAUGUUCGGUGGAGGAGCUAAGAAGGAGAAGAAGGAUGACGAGGAUCGUGGCGACAACUCCGGAUCUGCGAAGGCGCAAAAGGCUGCUGCCGCCGAGGAGAACCCAGAGGAGGAAGCCCCAGAGUCCGAGGACGUCCACUUUGAGCCCGUCAUCCGACUCACCGAGAAAGUCGAGACCAAGACCAACGAGGAGCUCGAGGAGCAGACCUUCAAGAUGCGCGCAAAGCUCUUCAAGUUCGUCAAGGAAUCCAACGAGUGGAGAGAGCGGGGUACCGGUGACGUUAGACUGUUGAAGCACAAGGAGAACGGCAAGACAAGAUUGGUUAUGCGUCGCGACAAGACUUUGAAGGUCUGCGCCAACCACUACGUUGUCCCUGAGAUGAAGCUUUCCCCCAACGUUGGCAGUGACCGCAGUUGGGUGUGGAACGCUGCUGCAGAUGUCAGCGAGGGAGAGCCAGAGGCACAAACUCUUGCUAUCCGAUUUGCCAACUCUGAGAACGCCAACCUAUUCAAGGAGGCAUUCAUCAAGGCUCAGCAAGAGAAUGAGGCUCUUUUUAGCGCGGCUACUUAA